AAAGGAGAGCUUGGGGAAGGUUACGCGACGGGUAAUAAGAAAGACCCGAAAGCGAACACCUGGACCCGUCAUCAGGGAAAAGACCAGGGAAGGAGAAAAUCCGGGAAGGAUAACAACAAUCCGGAUAAAGAAUUUAUACAGAUGAUUGUCGGCGGCCCGGAAGGCGGGGAUACUGCCUCCCAGCGGAAGAACUGGGCCAAGAGUUUGCACGUGGCGGUGGUUUCCCUGGAGUCACAUGGGAAGGAGGCAAGGAGGGAACCUAUCACUUUCACUGAUAGGGAUCUGCCCAGGACGGGGGGAGAUCAUAAUGACCCUUUGGUUAUUACAAUGGACAUCAAUGGAGCUGAUGUGGUCAGGGUCCUGGUUGACACAGGAAGCAGUGUCAAUGUUCUAUACUUGGAUGCUUUCAAGAAAUUGAAGCUGGACAGGUCCAUGUUGAGACCGUUGCAAACUCCAUUGUCAGGCUUCACUGGAGCUAGCAUAGAAGCGGAAGGUCAGAUCACCUUACCAGUUACCUUGGGGUCGCGUAACAGGACAGUGACCAAACAAAUGAGAUUUGUUGUGGUCGACAUCAAGUGUGUGCAUAAUGCCAUUCUGGGUAGGCCUGGGAUCAACCAGGCCAGGGCUAUUAUUUCCAUGGCACACUUAUGCAUGAAGUUUUACACUCCCAAUGGAAUCGGGGAGGAAAGGGGUGAUCAAAAGAACGCCCGGUCCUGCUACCUGGAAGCAGUCAAGAAAAUGACCCGCCAAUUCGAACAAAUUGAUUUGGUCUCCCAGCAAGUAGACAAGAGAGAGGAGAAGGCUAGAAUCGAACCGGAUGCAAACACGGAGGAGAUCCAGAUUGAUUCCUCCAAUCCUGAGAGGAAGGUCAAGAUUGGAGCUGAUCUUCAGGAAGAGCUAAGGACUGAGAUUGUCCAGGUGUUGACCAGGUAUAAAUCAUUAUUUGCCUGGAGUGUUGCUGAUAUGCCCGGGAUUGACCGGUCAGUCAUUUGCCAUCGUCUCUCUGUUCUUGAGGGGUCUAGGCCUGUAAGACAGAAGAAGAGAUUUUUGGCAAGUGAUAGGAGGGACUUUGUGAAGAAAGAGG